AUGGACCUGAACCUCGACGAAAACCUGAAACCAACCGACCAAGACACCCAGGAUGCCAACGACCUGGCAGAAUUCGGCCAUGAGCAAAUGCUCGCUCGCAAGUUCAACAUCUGGAGCAUGCUAGCGCUGGCAUUUUGCGUGCUGGGAACAUGGUCUACAUUCGCACAAGACCUUUCCGAUGGUUUGGUGAACGGAGGUCCCGUCUCCAUCCUCUGGGGGCUGGCCCUCGUCACAUUCUGCAACACGUGUGUCGCGGUCUCGCUGGGCGAGAUUUGCAGCAGCAUGCCAACUGCCCUAGGACAGGCGUACUGGGUUUACCGUCUUUGGGACUCACAGUUUGGACGGUUUCUCUCGUACAUGUGUGCUUGGAUCAAUGUUUUCGGGUGGUGGACAUUGGCCGCCUCCCAGAUGGCUUUCAUGACCAAUUUCCUUCUCGGAAUGAAGGUCAUGUUCAACCCGGGCUGGACGGGUGCAUCGACUGGGUGGCUCGAGUUUGUUAUUUAUAUUGGAUGCGUUUUUGUCGUCACGUUGAUCAAUGUGUUUGGUUGUCGUAGGGAGCAGUUCUUGCCAUGGCUGAACGGUUUUGUCGGAGUCUGGUUUUGUGGUCUAUUUUUUGUCUUUUGUCUUGCCCUGCUCAUUUCGGUGGGCACGAAAGAGAGUCUCUCAUACCAGCCGGCCUCCUUCGUCUUUGGAAAGUGGAGCAACGAAACCGGCUGGCCCGAUGGCGUCGUCUGGUUUAUUGGCCUAGUUCAGGCUGCGUAUGGGCUUACUGCCUUCGACGCUGUCAUUCACAUGGUGGAAGAGAUCCCUGCACCACGCAAGAACGCCCCCAAAGUGAUAUAUCUCGCCGUGAUAUCUGGAGCAAUCAGCGGCUUCAUCCUGAUGCUUGUGUGCCUCUUCUGUAUUCAGAAUGUGAAGACAAUAGUCGACUCGCCGAGCGGUCUACCAUUCAUGCAGCUCGUCCAGGAAACGGUUGGACAGACAGGGGGCGCCGUGCUCAUGGCCUUGUUUAUCAUGAACGGCCUCGGUCAGGGCAUAAGCAUCGCGACGACCGCGUCUCGCAUGACCUGGGGCUUCGCUCGCGACGGUGGACUCCCUUUCAGCACAUACCUGUGCCAGGUGAGUCCCUACUGGAGAGCCCCAGUCAGGGCGCUCUGGUUCCAAGGAGCUAUCAUAGGCCUGGUUGGAGUGCUAUUUCUCUUCGCAGAGACAGUGUUGAACGCAAUCCUUAGCGUUAGCACGAUUGCCCUGACGAUCUCGUACGGCUUGCCCAUCAUGACUCUGCUAUUGAUGGGCCGCGACAAGCUGCCACUUGGAGGCCAAUUCCGCCUUGGGAGAUUGGGUGCAUCGGUGAACUGGGUCUCUCUGGUCUAUUGCUGUGUGACGACUGUCUUCUUUUUCUUCCCGAGUGUCCCCAACCCGUCGGGAGGUGACAUGAAUUACGCCAUUGCUGUAUUCGGAGUGAUGCUUGUCAUCGCUGUGUCAUUCUGGUUUGUGCAGGGGAGCCGCACCUAUCUGAACACCGAGGAGUCCAGUCCUCAUGUGAUUCAGGCGCACGCAAUUGCGAGUGAGCCAUUGCCACGUGUGCCCAUGAAGAAGGACUGA